GCAUGAGCAGAGCUGAGCUUCCCAGCAGGAUAUCAUAUUGGAUACUGGGAACCAGAGUGGACUGAUGUCCAUUGGUCAUCAUGAACCUGACCUCCAUCUCUGAUUCUAUCCACUUCCUUACCAACAGCUCUCCUGGUAUGAGAGACCAGCCUGACACUACUUUCAUAGCUGAGCCUGCCAUCUUAGGUGGCUCUUACCAGGAGUUGGCCAUAUUGUCUGAAAGUGUUGGUGGGUGGAAGCAGCACAAUGUCAGUCAUGUCUCAAGGCAUGAAGGAAACUUCACUGAUUCACCAGUUAACAGCACGUUAAUGUCUCCAGCAGAGGAGUUUGACCCAUUAGGAGGACAUACUGUCUGGCAGGUCAUCAUAAUUGUCUUCCUCACUGGAUCCCUUUCUCUUGUCACUGUUGUUGGCAACAUCCUCGUGUUGGUGUCAUUCAAGAUUAAUAAAGCACUGAAGACAGUGAACAACUACUACCUGCUUAGCCUAGCAUUUGCUGACCUGACCAUUGGCACACUGUCAAUGAACCUGUAUACCACCUACAUCAUCAUGGACCAGUGGGCCCUGGGGCCAGUGGUCUGUGACUUGUGGCUUGCAAUAGAUUAUGUGGCCAGUAAUGCCUCAGUCAUGAACCUGCUUGUUAUCAGCUUUGACAGGUAUUUCUCUGUUACCAGACCUUUGACUUAUCGGGCCAAGCGUACAACCAAGCGAGCUAUGACCAUGAUUGGAUUAGCCUGGUCCAUCUCUUUCAUUCUCUGGGCCCCAGCCAUCUUGUUCUGGCAGUACAUUGUGGGAGAGCGGACAGUCCAGCCCACUGAGUGCUACAUCCAGUUCUUGUCCGAGCCUAUCAUUACAUUCUGCACUGCUAUUGCUGCGUUCUACCUACCAGUAACGAUUAUGGCAUUCCUGUUUUGGAAGAUCUAUCAGGAGACAGAGAAGCGUGCUAAAGAUAUACAAGGUCUCAAGGGGAGUGGUGGUGGAAAAGGUGGUGGAGAAGCUGCAUCUAACAGCCAGAAAGAUUCAUCAGCCAUGCUGCGCCAGAUGAGCUCUCAAAGCUGCAGCAGCUAUGAAUUAAAUCAGCAGGGUUCAGAGAAGAGCAACAUUGACAAUGCUGGCGUACCAGGAGGAACAGGAAGCAGAGGGAGGUGUGGCGCAUUCUGCUUCCAGUUUUCAGCACUGCUGCCAGGUCGCCAUGCAUCCAAGAAGUCCGUCAACACCACAACAACUACAGUGGGUGAAGCCGAGCAGAGCAGCUGUGACAGUUUUAACAACAAUGAAGUUGGUGCCACUGGGGACCAGUCAGGUUCAGAGGAUGAAGCUGACGGUGCAGACCCAUCAAAGACUCCAACAGAUGGUAAGAAAUCUAGAAAGGGGAAGAACAACAAAGACAAACAAUCAUCAUCCAACAAAAGUCGAAAAGGGUCACAAUCAAGCCCUGUCACCUCAUCACCAGCUGACCAAUCACCCACAGCCAUCACCAUGAAAGAUGCAGCGAUGGCCAAACGCUUCGCCUCUAAGGCCAAGACAGAGAUCAACAAGCGCAAGAAUGAAAAAAAGGCAAAUGAGAAGAAAGCAGCACGGACACUCAGUGCUAUUCUCUUUGCCUUUAUCACAACGUGGUUACCAUACAAUAUCAUGGUGUUAGUCAACACUUUCUGUCAGGACUGUAUUCCAGAAACUCUUUGGGCACUGGGCUACUGGUUGUGCUAUGUUAACAGCACAGUUAACCCCAUGUGCUACGCCCUGUGUAACAAGACCUUCCGGACAACGUUUAGGGAUAUUUUGAUGUGCCAGUGGAAUCAAAAGAAGAAGCCACAUUUUAAUCAUAGGAAGGCCGUGGCUUUCAAGAAAAAAGACCCGAUGUAG